AGAUCUCCUCUCCGCGAGAAAAUCGACGAUCUGUUAUUUUUUACAUCUCAGGAUAGCUGCAAUUUAACUCAGAGCUGAGGGUGUAGUCUGCGUUGAGUGGAAGGUGCAGCUGAAGCUAGUGAAAGUUAUGGACCAUAACUGGUGAGUGAGUGCCAUUGAAAGAAAGAUUCUCCGGAUAGGCAUUCUCAAUUUUUGAGGUCCGAGGUUGUGUGGAAGGAUGCCAACUCAUGUCGACUUUAGUGGAAUCUUUCGAUGGAGCUUUGUCUCACUUCGCGGAUCCGAACAGAACUGACCUCAUGAUGAAGAUCAGAUGUGGCUGUUUGGAUUAAAGGGUGUUACUUCUUCGGGAUGUGCAGCAGCCAGAUGGACUGCUUUCGUGCAUCUACUCUUCCAACACAAGGUUCGCUUCGAGUUAAUUUCGAACCACACGGAACUCUCAGGUGUGCAGCCUGUACUUGGAGUUAUAUGGACAAAUUCAAGGACUACAUUUCAGGUGGCUGGAACGUAGUCCUUGAUUGCCAGCGCACUCGUUUGAAUCUGUUGCAGGAUGCUUCCUCAUCAUCACUAGAAAUUGCGAGACGAGAGAAAGGGAGAAGUUUAUUGCAAUGCUGGCUGAGGCGUUAAGCUGAAAGGCAGUUCUCCGCUAGAUCUUGUCGAGAGCAAAAUGCUGAAUAUCGACACGAAGUCUACUCUGAACUUGCCAGUGCUUCUCGGUUGACCGUACUUACUCAGAUAUCAUCAAGAGACUGUAUCAGGCCUAGGAUGAACUGAAGUUAUUCAUAUUUAUUGCUGUAGAAAAGACUUUUAGCUGCCAGCUUCUAUCGAUAAAGAUUAGUCGCAGCUACCAACUAUUUGCCAAAGAUUAUUCACACUGAGACAGAAGUGGAUCAGAAAUUCAUACCAGGUAGAAAUCUGGAAGUUAUGACGGCACAAUUUACUCUGGGUGAUGAGGAACCGCAAGCACAUUUACUCUCAGAGGUGGAAACAAUCCGUCUGUUGGAAACUCGGUGAAUGAGCUAGAGCUAGUACAAAGAGCAGUUGGAGUAAAGUUGAGAGUCUCACGAGAGUCAAACGUGGAGAGGAAAAAGAUUCCGUUUGUCUACUCUAGAGAAGAUUUUUUAACUGACACACUGACUCCCUGUAUAGAGCUUUUGUGUAGACUGAUCGUGGAGUUAGUUGUCAAUGCUCAUGACUUCUAACGAACAAGUUGGAACAGCUGAUGGAGAUUACAACAUUGUUGUGUGAUUCACGUUGACUGCAUAGGAAGUCGUUGCAACAGACUAUUUAAGGUGUGAAGGAACUCAAUACCUGCUCUCCUAUUCAUUACGAGGUUAUACCACUUGAGUUGCGAGAAGUGCAGGUCGUUACAAAA